AUGCCAUUCUCGCGAAGCUUCCUGUCUGAAGAGCAGCUGCUGUGCUCCAUCUGCUUAGACGUGUUUGACAAUCCGGUGUCCACGCCAUGUGGCCACAACUUCUGCAUGACCUGCAUCGGCCACUACUGGGACUCAGUGAAGCACUGUCAGUGCCCCCUCUGCAAGCAGACCUUCAAGAGAAAGCCCGAUCUCCAAAUUAAUCGAACUCUCAGAGAGAUCACUGAACAGUUCAAGGGGAUGAAGGGAAACCCGGGGACUUCUGGAAGGAAUGUGGCAGAUAGAGACGCUGAGGAAGGGGAAACGACACAAGAGAUAGUUGGUAGUACACUUAGGCCAGGCCAACUUCCAGGUAAUCUUCUUGAGGAAAUGAAGCAGCGACUCGCACAGCACAGGGCACACAGCAAUUCUCUGGCCUCUCAGAAUGAAACGUGGUCUGAACAAACUGUUACACCAAACAUGGAUAGUACUAGUGAGACCCAGCCACCUGGUUUUGCCAGACAGGUGUCCCUGCGAAGGUAUACCUUGAGUGGGGCGGCAGAUGCCAUGAAAGUCCCCCUUUGUCCAAAACAUCACCGGAACCUGGAGCUGUUCUGUCGAUCUGAUUCGGAGUGUGUUUGUGUUGAGUGUGGACAAACGGAACACCAGUCACAUGACAUCACAUGUGCCGAGAAAGAGUGGCAAAGUCAUAAGAUGAAGAUUGGUAUCACAGAGAACGAGAUACAGGAGAUGACCAAGAACAGGAUGGAGAAAGUGGAGGAGAUCAAACAAUCACUAGUUAAUUUUAAAAUGCUGUCAGAGCAUGAGGUGCAGCGCAGUAUGCAGCUGUUUGGGGCUUUGAUAAGCUCCCUCGAGCGCAGUCAGGCUGGGCUGCUGGAAGUGACUGAGAUAAACCGUCUCUCAGCAGAGCACCAGGCUGAGCUCAUGAUCAGAGAGCUGGAGCAGGAGAUCACAGAACUGAGGAGGAGAAGCACAGCACUGGCCAAACUGGCCCAGUCUGAAAAUUACAUCACCGGACUGAAGGGCUUCUCUGACAUCAGCAUUCCCAAGGCAAUGAAAGACUGGACGGGUAUCUCACUGACCUGUGACCUUGGAACGAAAACAAUUUACACCUCUGCCUGUCAGCUACUGGAACAGUUUAAGGAGGAGCUUCAGAAAGUACCUGAAUUCUGCCUCUCUGUGUCCACUAACCAAUCACCUGUGAAAUCACACACAAAAAUAAAGAGAAUACAGGAAUAUGCAGUGGAUGUGACCCUGGACACCAACACUGCUCAUCCACGUCUCAUCCUAUCAGAAGACAAGAAGAAGGUCUGGUGUGGUGAAAAGCGUCAACAAGUUCCCAACAACUGUGAGCGCUUCGACUGUGUAGUCUGUGUCCUGGGCUGCGAGGGAUUCAGCAGUGGCCGACACUACUGGGAGGUGGAGGUGGAUGGCAAGACUGACUGGGAUCUGGGAGUGGCGAGUCAUUCCUGCAACAGAAAGGGUAAGAUCGCAGUCAGCCCCAGCAAUGGCUACUGGUUUCUUAGCUUGCGGGACAAGAACAGCUAUGCCUUUAGGACUGAGCCUUCCACUGCCAUUCCCCUCAGCCUUAGACCUCAGAAGAUAGGGCUAUUUGUGGACUAUGAAAAAGGCCAAGUGUCAUUUUAUAAUGUGGACGCAAAGAUGCACAUCUACACAUUUAUGGACAUCUUCUCUGAGACUAUUUACCCAUUUUUCAGUCCCUGUACCAACAAAACAGGCAGAAAUCAUGCUCCGCUGGUGAUCAAGCCUGUCCUUAUGGACUGAAGAGUGAAAUGUAAACAUUUUAUGAGCAAGCAUCUGAUCCAAAAUGUUGUGGACUUUCCUUUUUUUUUUGCCUUAUAUAUGAUUUGUCUGCUGCUAUUGGCACUUUCACUAGGAUGACUGUACAUCCUCUCUUUCCA